UCCAAGCCGGACUCCGGCACUGUGCUCAUCUUCGGACAGCAGCUGCACAAGGGGCUGGUUCCCGGACCGGGCGUAGGAUUCAUGCCGCAGGAGUUGGCGCUGCACUCGGACUUCACGAUAGCCGAGAACAUGUACUUCUUCGGCCAGCUGCUGGGCAUGCCUCUGGAGAAGAUUUACGAGAGGAUCGCUUUCCUCUGCUCCUUCUUCCAGCUGCUCCCCGCUAACAGAUUCGUCGAGCACCUCAGCGGCGGCCAGCAGCGCCGCGUGUCCCUCGCGGUGGCGCUGAUGCACCAGCCGCCUUUCCUCAUCCUGGACGAGCCCACCGUGGGUCUGGACCCGGUGCUGCGCGAGGCCAUCUGGCGCUACUUCCUCGUGCUGUCCCAGGAGGAUGGCGUCACGCUCCUCGUCACCACCCACUUCAUCGAGGAGAUCGCGAAAGCCGCCAUGGUGUGCCAGGCGCUAGACUUUCUGCCUCCACCCGCCGAAAAACAGGCGCAGCCAAUCCCUGAAAAGCAGAAGCCGCAGCCAGUGCCUGAGAAGCCGCAGCCCGAGCCAUUGCGGCGCCCGCGCCUAGCCCCUGCCACGCCAGUGCAGCCGUGUCGAGUGCCGGAAUCGCUGCUCACAUGGGCCAACUGGGGACCGGUGCGGAGCUGUCUUCGCCUGAGGGCGCUGGUGGUGAAGAACUUGCUCAAGAUUAUGCGCCGUGUCAUCACCGUGGUGUUCCAGCUGGUGGUGCCGUCUUGCGUUGGCGUCGUGUUUUGCCUGUUCGUGGGCGGCAAGCCCUCCGAUUUGCCCGUCGGAGUGGUGAACGAGGACCAGAACGGGGCCUUCAGCCGGGCCUUCCUCGGUGAGAUCUCCAACGAGACCGUCGUGCAGAAGCCGUACUCUGACCUCCACAAGGCCUUCAGUGCGGUGCUGGACGAACAGGCCUGGGGCACCCUCCACAUACCGCCCAACUACACGAUAGCGUUGAAUACCAGGGUGCACGCCAGCAAAAUCGAGGAUUCGAGCCCGCAGGCCCCGAUCAACUUCUUCCUGGAUGCGACCGACUACACCAUCCGCAACACCCUGCAGUUCGAGGUCCUCGAGGCGCACAGCAGGUACCUGAAGCUGCUCUCGUACAACUUGACCAGCUUGAACUUCUCCGUCCAAACGAUACGGUUCACGGAUCCUUUCUACAACGCCUUCGACUUCACGUUCCGGGAGUUCAUGAGUCCUGGCAUCAUCGUGUCGACGCUGUUCGCCAUGUCCAUGUCCCUGACGGCGCUCUUGCUCGUCGCCGAGAACCAGGAGGGAAUCCGGGGACGCUCUGUCGUGGCCGGCGUGACCUCGGUGGAGGUGAUCGUCGGCCACGCGGUGGUGCAGAUGUCCAUGGCGUACAUGCAGACGGUGCUCAUGCUCGUGGUGUUCGUCAGCGUCUUCGACACUCCCGUGCGCGGAAGCCUCGGCGCCGCCUUCUUCAUUCCCGUGCUCAUGGCGCUCUGCGGCAUGAACUUCGGGUUCCUGACUUCGUCCGUCUCCAAGGACGAGGCGACGGCCCUACUGUUGUCGAUGGCCGCCCUCUAUCCGGCGCUGCUCAUGGGAGGUGUGCUGUGGCCCGUGGAGGGCACCCCGGCGGUGCUCCGACCCGUGAGCUGGUCGGUGCCGCAGGCUCUGCCUGCGCACGCCAUGCGCGGCGUGAUGCUGCGCAACUACACCUUCGACAACUCGCACGUGGUGCAGGCGGUCGGGGCGACGAGCCUCUGGACGGUGGCCUUCAUGGCGCUCUCCAUGAUCAUGUACUCGCUCUCCAAGUGAAGCGGCACACAUUAUAAAGACGAUCGUACUAUGCCUCUUGUCCACCUGUCUCAUUUCUGGCGACUCGCCCUUUAUUCGGCGGCUCGCCUAUGCCAGAAAGAGGGAGCUGCUCUGUGGCCACCGGCCACACAUGUCCGUUGGGUGCAGUCCUAUGUGUACAGGAGUAAUUCGACAGGUAAUCGUAGGCGCCACGUGGUAUUACGCGUGCAAUCGGAUCCCGGAAUUGUAAUGAACAGUUCUUGCACGCAUUCGUGCAGCAUUGACGUGAAGGCUGCCUGCUGACAACUAUCAAAACAAGUAUUGCUCACAAGCCUGCUUUCCUUUUCCCAUGGGAUGGCCCACGUGUUGUCGUCACAUCUUGAUAUGUAUGACAUAAAUGACAAUCUUUACAAUUGUAGGUCUCGUUAUUGGCCGACAAUUUUUUCCCUCCCAUCUCGCCUUCUGUUCUUUCUUUUCACUUUUUUGGUUUAUUCCUAGCGUACGUUUUUUUUUUUUUUUUCAUAUAUACAUGUUGGGUACGCGAUCUCUUCUAGAACAUAAUGGCGACUCCUGGAAUAGCAAUUACGGCAUAGAGUUUCAUACAAUAAUUACUAGAGGAAACUCUGGCGCUGCAGUCGUUGUACCACUGUGGGAAUGAUGGGAAGUACAUGGAUUUGUCUGAUCUUCGUGCUUGUGGAUCGAUACGUUCUUGUGGCUUUGUAUAUUAAGCUAUAUAAAUCUUAUCGUCGUAAAUUUCAGCGCAAUCCAUACUCCUGGAAGUGCAGAAGGCGCCGGGAACAUGCACAAUUGCUAUUAAUUGCAGCCAUUGGAGUUGCCCAGGUAGCGAAAUCGAAACUCGCCAAGCGUCUAAUUCAUAAGGGCGUUUCAUUCGCUUACGAAUGCUUGCAUCCAUGGCUUAAUGGUUUCAAUAUCAGGCUUCUGUGCUAGAGUUCAUGUGUUCAAAUGCUGCCGUCGAACAAGUUUAAUGAUGUUUAUUUAAACAUUUAUUACCAGUACAUUGUUGGAAAUGACGCGUUUCCAUGGUCCCAAAGCCAUUUGAAGCCAAAAGGACGAAGUUUAGAAAAAUCCAUGUACUUCCCAUAAUUCCCUUGCUUGUACAACCGUUCUUGUUGCAGCUCCCGUAGACACUAGCGCCAGAGUACCCUCUAGUAAUUAUUGCACGAGACUCUGAAUUGCAGCACUAACAAGUCCA